GGCGCUCGCGCACGUCCGUCCGUCCUCCCGUCGCUGGCCACUAGCGGUCGGGUAAGCCGGAGGGUCUCGGGAAGCCGGCGUCCGUCCUUUGUGAGGAGCUCAGGCUGUGGGGACGAGAUGUGGCCGCUGCGGGGACUUUUGUCUCCCGCUCAAACUCUGGAGAGUGUGGAUUGACCGGGGAGCCAUGGACUUGAGGGCGUGAGCUGCGCGGGGGGCAGUCAUGACUUCUGCCGCGGACCUUAAGAAGCCACCAUUGGCUCCCAAGCCAAAGUUAGUGGGGACCAAUAAUAAGCCACCUCCGCCUCCUAUUGCACCUAAACCGGAUGUUGUAAAUGCUAGUGUUCCACGGUUAACAAAGAAAGCCAAACCAGCAAUUGCGCCAAAACCAAAAGUCCUGACAAACUCAGCUGUUCAAGACAUCAAGCAGUCACCCACAAAGACGCUUACUUUGAACCUGCAGGAGCGGGAGCCAGAAUUACCUGAGAGCACUGACAAGUGUAAUUGCAAAGAUGCCGGAGCUCCGCACAGUGAUUAUAUUUUACCAGCGUGUCCGUGCAGUCCUGGGUGUGUUCCUGAGCCUGGGAAUAGAGAAAGUCUGUGCACAGACCGGCUCGUUUUAGAGCCUCUGGCAGUGAAAGAGAAUUUGGAGAACAGUAAAAAUUGUGCGUCCUCGCUAAGGGCUACAAAGACAGGCAGUAGAUGGGAUUCAAGCGGUGAAAAGUGCCGGAGCCAGAGUGGAGUUGUCUUAAAGGCAAGCAUCUUGGAAGAGAAGCUCAAAGAGCCUCUAACACAGCAGCGGUCACCUUGUAGUUCCCCGAGGAAGCAUAGAACUCCAGACAACCCAGAAAUGAAUGGUGACAAGAGCGGCAGCAGACAGAUCAGAAUUGAAUUUGAAGAUUUGUCCCCUUCCAUGUCCACCGUUGAAAAAGUCCCUGCUCGUCACAGCUGCCACCCACAACCUCCUAGGGAGGGAUCUCAAAAUCUCGAGACUCGUCCGAGUGGCAAUGCUGAGGGUCACAGGCACUGUCUUCCGUGUGACCCGGAUGACAAAAGGAUGACUUCAGAUGGACCUAGUAAGAAGACAGAGGUCAACGAUCUCGGGCCUGUAGAAAUCCACUUAUUACCUCAUCCCACUAAGUUUCCAACUCCCAAGCCCAGAAAGACACAAGCUACUCGUCUGCGUCGCCAGAAGUAUGUCGAGACUCCUAGCGAAAGUGCCGAAGAGCCAGAGGAUUCCCACAAUAGGUCUUCUUGUCUCCUGGAAGAUAGUUUGAAAAACAAUAAAGGCAGUGUUCUCCAUCAGAGUGCAUUGUAUAUCCAGGGGCAAGUGGACAAAGCGAAGCCAGCAAAUAAAAGGGCUUUGACCUCUGACUCCAACAGACAGGACUCAGUCACCUCACAGAAAGCUGAGCGUCAUGGGAAGCCUCCUUUGGAAAAAGUGGCACCUUCUUCAGACACAGACUCUGUCUUGAGCUCCGAGAGCCCGGCAGAAGAUGGUUUCGGCAUGUUGCCUGCUGCGGACAAAGAGACUGCCCUUCCACAAUGCAGUACUCAGCCUCCGAGCUUGCCUCAGCAAGUCAAACUAGCCUGUACUGAACAUCCGCCAAGGGCCUGGAACACAGACUCGUCAGGUCCUCAGAUACAAAAGGAAUCUUCCUCUAGAGUUGUUCCCAAAAAGCCUCAAAGACACAGCUUGCCUGCUGCAGGGGUGCUUAAAAAGGCUGCUUCUGAGGAACUUGUAGAAAAGAGCUCAUACUCUUCAAGUAAAGAAACAAAUGCAGAGAAAGGACUGCAAAAAAACCACCUACAGCAUCCGGGUCCCUCAAACCAUGGUAUAUCACCAUCAUCCUUUGAUUUGCCCAACCCGACUUCAGAAAAGCCAGUAUGGAAGUUGCCUCAUCCUAUUUUACCUUUCUCAGGGAGCCCAGAAGCCUUGAAGCGUGUCACUUUAUCCUUAAACAGUGAGCCUUCUAUUUCCCUAACCAAGCCAAGAGCAAAAUCAUUGUCUGCCAUGGAUAUGGACCGGUGCAAUAAACCGUGCAAAGACCCCCCAAAGAAAACUUCUUUUAAAAAGUUGAUUAAUGUGAAACUGUCCAUUGGCUUCCUAAAGAGUGACUUUCAGAAACUCAGGUCAAAAAGCUGCCAACAUGGGGACGUCACCACAGGACAUCCGCUCAGUAGAGAGCAGAAGGAGAAAGGGCUGGAAAGUGAUUGGCAAGGCUUGGUGACAGGAGAAGAAACGAGAAGUAAACCCGCCAAGGCAUAUUCUGCAGAAAACUGCAGCCUGGAAUCUCAAAAGGUGAAACCCUGGGGCCAGGCCAGUGCCGGCAGUGGGCAAAGAGCGGAGUCCUUGGAUGACCAGAUGCUCUCCAGGGACUCAGCCUGUCCGCUGUCUUCCAAGUCUAGUACAAGCGACUACGCGCCAGAGUAUGAGAACGUGCGCCAUUAUGAGGAGAUCCCAGAGUACGAGAAUUUGCCCUUUUUUGUGGCUGGAGGGAGAACUACGGAGUUGGGAUGGCAGAACUCCUACAGUGCAGAGGACACUGAUGCAAAUCUGUAUGAAGCAGAAGAGCCCUAUGACGCUCCAGAUGGCCAGCUGCAACUUGAUCCUAGACAUCAGCCUUCCAGCUCCGGAACCUGCCAGGAUGGACGGGAUGAUCUCCAUCUCCAUCUUGGUGACCUGCCCUCUGACGAGGAAGCCACCAAUAGUUCUGAUGACGAUGAUGUCAGCUCCGAGUCCAGUAAAGGAGAGCCAGACCCGCUGGAGGAUAAGCAGGAUGAAGAUACUGGGAUGAAAAGCAAAGUUCAUCAUAUUGCCAAGGAGAUCAUGAGCUCCGAGAAAGUGUUUGUGGAUGUAUUAAAACUUUUGCAUAUUGAUUUCCGGGGUGCUGUGGCACGCGCGUCCAGGCAGCUUGGGAAGCCCGUGAUUGAGGAGCGGACCCUUAACCAGAUCUUGUACUACCUGCCUCAGCUGUAUGAGCUCAACCGGGAUCUCCUGAAGGAGCUGGAGGAAAGAAUGCUGAACUGGACUGAACAACAAAGAAUUGCUGAUAUCUUUGUUAAGAAGGGGCCGUAUUUAAAAAUGUAUUCCACGUACAUCAAGGAGUUCGAUAAGAACAUAGCUUUGCUGGAUGAGCAGUGCAAGAAAAAUCCAGGGUUUGCUGCGGUUGUUAGAGAAUUCCAGAUGAGCCCUCGCUGUGCCAACCUGGCCCUGAAGCAUUACCUGCUGAAGCCAGUGCAGAGGAUCCCGCAGUACAGGCUACUACUGACAGAUUAUUUAAAGAACCUCCUGGAAGACUCUGUAGAUCACCGAGACACCCAAGAUGCCCUAGCCGUUGUUAUAGAGGUAGCGAACCAUGCCAACGACACCAUGAAGCAAGGGGACAACUUUCAGAAGCUCAUGCAAAUCCAAUACAGCCUAAGUGGACACCAUGAAAUUGUGCAGCCUGGGCGGGUUUUUCUCAAAGAAGGCACGCUGAUGAAGCUGUCUCGGAAAGUCAUGCAGCCCCGAAUGUUUUUCCUGUUUAACGACGCCCUGCUGUACACAACACCCCUGCAGUCUGGGAUGUACAAGUUGAACAACAUGCUCUCGUUGGCGGGAAUGAAGGUCGGAAAACCUACCCAAGAAGCGUAUCAGAAUGAAUUGAAGAUUGAAAGUGUGGAGCGUUCUUUCAUCCUCUCAGCUAGCUCUGCCACCGAAAGAGACGACUGGCUGGAGGCCAUAUCCAAGUCAAUAGAAGACUAUGCCAAGAAGAGAGUCACCUUCUGCCCCAGCAGAACUCUUGAUGAGGACCCAGAAAAAGAGGAGGAAGUUAGUCCUCUGGGGUCAAAGGCUCCCAUCUGGAUCCCUGAUACCAGAGCCACCAUGUGUAUGAUCUGCACGAGUGAAUUUACCCUGACCUGGAGAAGACACCACUGCAGAGCCUGUGGAAAGAUCGUGUGCCAAGCUUGCUCAUCAAAUAAGUAUGGCUUAGAUUACCUGAAAAGGCAACUGGCGAGAGUAUGUGAACACUGCUUCCAAGAACUACAGAAAUUAGAUAACCAGCAGCGCCCUAAGAUUGGAUCUCCUGGAAAUCACAAGUCUCCUUCAAGUGCCUUGUCAUCGGUCUUACACAGUAUCCCAUCCGGGAGAAAACAGAAAAAAAUCCCAGCUGCUCUCAAAGAAGUGUCAGCAAACACAGAGGACUCCACCAUGAGUGGCUACCUGUACAGGUCCAAGGGCAGCAAGAAGCCAUGGAAACACUUAUGGUUUGUCAUCAAAAACAAAGUGCUCUAUACGUAUGCUGCGAGCGAGGAUGUGGCCGCUUUGGAGAGUCAGCCCUUACUAGGAUUUACCAUCACUCAAGUCAAAGACGAGAAUUCAGAGUCUAAAGUGUUUCAGCUGCUGCACAAAGGCAUGGUGUUCUACAUAUUUAAGGCAGACGAUGCCCACUCGACUCAGAAGUGGAUAGAAGCAUUUCAGGAGGGCACAGUGCUGUAGCUGCACUGGCUUCACUUCCUCUGUGACCCCGACAAGGUGGAGGAGGCCCAGCAGAAUGGGAGAAACACUAUUCGCAAGCAUGUGAAAACGAACACUGCCAAGAAAAAAUGCACCCACAGUCAUUACAGGUUCAGUUGUCCUGUUAGGUAUAUACAGCUCCUAAAAAUGUUUUUCAUAUGUGUUAUUUAUUAAAACGUUGAUGUUUACUUGCUGGUCAGAGUUGAUUCUGAGACUCACACUGAAUUCUAAAGUACUGUUUAGAGCCUGGGAGCUUACCUUAAUACUGUAUUCUGUACACUAUUGACGAUGUGCCGUCCACAGUGUUGUCUCUGCCUUACCUCGUGACACUUGGUAAAUCUUUACAAGUAAAGCCUACAUGUUAAUUAGCAAAUUUCCAUACAGUGUUUGGUUUAGAAAUUGCAAUUUAAAACUGCUGGUGAAAAUCCAUAUUUUUGAAUCACUAAAUGUAGGUGGAACAUUUUUUAUAUUGCAGUAGAGAUACACAUAGCCGGCUUCUACCUCAGUAACUGUGAAGUGAGAUCCCAGUGGAGUCUGUACUGAUAACUGUGUCCCCAGCUCCCACCACUACCCCUCACCCCAUAGGAUCUUGUUAACUGCCAGGUUGGCCUUGCACUAGCUGUGUAGCUCAGGCAAACCUUGAGCUGCAAUCUCUGCCUAGGCCUCUGAGCUACUGGAGUCCUAGGCCUGCACCAUUAUGAGCAGGCUUUAUCUAAAA